GCCAACUGGUUUAAAUCUUCUUGCUCUUCGUCAUGUUACAUUAACAAAUAAUCUCAUUGCAUUGAAAAACUUCUCUUCAUUUCCACCUAAUAUUCGUUCUAUUCAAAUUCUACUUCAUGCUGAUAAGCCGAACUUCGACUCAAGCAAUUGGUCUAUAUUGCGUUCACUUUCAGCCUUAACGAUGCUCACCUCAUUACAUAUCGUUAUGAAUGAUAUCAAUACAGGUCUUGAUGAUAUUAGUUGUCAGAUUAUUGCAGAAACAGUACCAAUAUUCGUUCAUUUUGGUAUUUGUUUUCGAAGAAAAAGUGGAAUGCCGAAGCCUGAUUCUAUUGACCAUUGUAUUGAGUUUGAUCCUGCUCUCGUCAAUCUUACUAAUGAUCCUACUGUUCCUAUUAUUGCCGAUGAUGAAGAUUAUGACGAUGAUGAAGAUGAUGAAGAUGAUGAAGAUUUGACAUUCUUGGAAUCGAUAUAUGAUAUUUACCGGGCAUCUAUCAAAGAACUACAUAGUCGUAUUUUACGUUUAUCAUUUCAUAUGAAACCUCUGAUUGUUGUUGAAGAAGGAGGUUGUGGACUAACUAUUUGGUUUUGA